AACCAAUUUCCCAUCAUGUCUGAGCAGAUCGAAAAGGCUUUCCAGAAGCAGCAGGGUAUUUUCCAAAACGCCAAGGUUACCGGCAAGAAGUCGGUCAAGAGCAACCGCUGGUACAAGGAGGUCGGUCUUGGUUUCAAGACCCCCAAGGAGGCCAUUGAGGGUCACUACAUCGACAAGAAGUGCCCCUUCACUGGCGAUGUCUCGAUCCGUGGCCGUAUUCUCAACGGAGAGAUCAUCUCGACCAAGAUGAAGCGCACCAUCAUCAUCCGUCGUGAGUACCUCCACUUCAUCUCCAAGUACAACCGUUAUGAGAAGCGCCACAAGAACCUGGCUGCCCAUAUCUCCCCCUGCUUCAUUGCUGUCCAGCAGGGCGACUCUGUCACUGUUGGUCAGUGCCGUCCCUUGUCGAAGACUGUCCGCUUCAACGUCCUCAAGGUCCAGAAGAAGGUCGUCAAGGGUGCCAAGAACUUUGCCAAGUUCUAAAUCCAUUGCCUUCUUUUUUGUUCAGUCGUAACAUUACCCUUUUUUUUCGUCUCGAGUUUCUACUUUUUUUUUUCUUAACUAAAGGAAAAGAAUAAAGCUGGGAUUUGAAAAAAGGAACAACAACCGGUAUUGAAACCAAAAAAAAAAAACGAA